CAAGGAUGCUGCAUAUUCAAAAUGAACUCUACCAACAUUUAGUUUCAGCUAUCAGUUUGUCUUCAUCACACACUUCGUAUUCCUGAUUUUUUUGGAUUAGUUUAUUUAUUAGAUGAUAAUUAAUACAAAAACAUGACAAAUUCAAUGAAUUUAUUUAUUGAAACACAUACUGAUUGUAAUGCUGUAGGAUCAGCAACAUGGGAUUGUGAUGGAUAUCAUGUAGUUUUUUCUAUAUAUGGACCAGAUGAAGCUAAAAUUAAUGAUGAACUUACUCAUCGUGCUUUUGUUGACGUUACAGUUACACCUCGUGCUGGUCAAAGAACUUCCAAAGAAUUGGAACUUGAAGUUUAUCUUAAUCAAUUAACAGAACGUCUAAUUGAUGUGAAGGAGUUCCCACGAUCUAAGUUUACUGGACGCUUGUUCAUUGUCACUGGUGACACAAAUCAUCCUAGAACACUGGCUGCCGCAAUAAAUGCAAUUUCAUUAGCUCUUUUGCUAUCCGGUUUACCAUUACGAGCAACCAUAGCAGCAGUUUGUCACACAAUACAAAAUGCUUGUAAGUCA